UUCACCACAUCAUUCAUUAGCAUAUUCUUUUCCGCUUCCGGGUUAACCUCAUCGUUGUCGAGAGAAAGCUAGCAGCCAUGUCUGGAAGAGGUAAAGGAGGAAAAGGUCUCGGAAAGGGAGGAGCAAAGCGCCACCGCAAGGUUCUGAGAGAUAACAUCCAGGGUAUCACGAAGCCCGCCAUUCGCCGUCUCGCAAGGCGUGGUGGCGUCAAGCGUAUUAGCGGCCUCAUCUACGAGGAGACACGUGGCGUCCUCAAGAUCUUCCUUGAGAACGUCAUUCGUGAUGCCGUUACCUACACUGAGCAUGCUCGCCGCAAGACUGUCACCGCCAUGGAUGUUGUCUACGCCCUCAAGAGGCAGGGCAGGACACUCUACGGAUUUGGAGGCUAAACAUUUCAGAAUUGGGAAUUUGUUAUCACUAUGUUAGAAUUAGGGUUUAUUUGCGUCUUCUUUCUAUUCUGCUCUGUUUUUUGUCGAUAAUUGUAUUGUGGAUUAGCUUUCCAAUUAGGCUCUUUAAUUUGUCUACGGAUUGUUUCGAUGAA